GUCAGUCUUGUUCUGGUGCCCGUUUGGUGCUGGGAAACCUAAGAGAAGCAUACUUUCUCUGUCUGUGUUUUGUGACAUAAUGAUGUCUACCUAUUUGUCUGCCAGUGUACAGAUACUUUUCAUAACCUCAAGCCUGGUAAGCAACACGGAAGCCAAAUUCAACGUACACAAGCGAUCUUGUGCCUUCGGACCGACGCGCCCCUACUCGCGACUGCAGGACCUGUUUAACGUCCUCGAUCUACCACAAUUCCCUAGGGCCGGCUGCAUCACCUACCAGGCUGUGGAUGCAGCAUUCCAAAGUGCGCUGGCCGCAAGAGGGAACUUACGAGGACCCGUGGGGGAGUGGGAGCCCGAAGACAUCGCUCCUUUAGGGGAUAUUCUGCUCGACACGACGCGGAUCUUGGCCACAACGUACGACCUAAGCUCCGAGGAGGUAUGGAAGCUGCUGCCCGAGGUGGACGUGGGCAAGACGCUCGUGGCCAGGUACUGCCCUGACUUCGCCUCGCCUAUGACCUGCGUGCCGGGCAGGUACAGGCGCUAUGAUGGACUCUGCAAUAACCUGCGUUUCCCGAUGUGGGGCGCCACCAGAGCUCCUUUUGCGAGACUGGUCCCCCCGGCGUACAGCGAUGGCCUGGGAGCGCCACGAGAGAGCCACGUCCCCGGUGGCACCCUUCCCAAUCCCCGGCGGGUAUCGUCCAGCAUCCACCGUGACGGAGGCUACCACGACCACGCCAUCACGCUCUUCGUCGUCGCCUGGGGGCAGUUCAUGGACCACGACUUCACGCUCACUGCCACGCCCCUCGACCCCCUGACGAGGAACGAGCCUGAAGUGUGCUGUCAUCCUCCUCCAGGAAUCCCAAAGGACCCCCACUGCCUGGAGAUCACUAUCCCGAAGGACGACAGAUUUUACAAGCUGUAUGGACAAUCCUGCCUCGAGUUCGUCAGGGCCUUCUCGGGCGUCAGGCAAGAUUGCAAGCUAGGUCCUCGCGCACCCUUCAAUAUCCUUGCUGGUGUGAUUGACGUCAACACGGUCUAUGGCAGCACUGACGAACACGCGAGGACCUUGAGGUUGUUCAGGGGCGGCAAAAUGCGGAUGAACAACGUCUUCGCUGCCUUGGGCCUCCGUGAACUCCUGCCGCAGAAGCUGGACACUCCCGAAGAAGGAUGUACGAGGACCUCUCCGAACCAGUUCUGCUUCGAUGCCGGAGAAAUUCGAGUCAACGAGCAGCUAAUCCUGACCACCAUGCACACCCUGUGGUUCCGAGAGCACAACCGACUGGCGGGUCGAUUGGCGAAUCUCAACCCACACUGGGAUGAUGAGACCCUCUACCAGGAAGCACGGCGCAUAGUCAUCGCUGAAGUCCAACACAUCACGUUCAACGAGUUCCUUCCCCUGCUGUUGGGUGAGGAAGUCAUGGCCGAAUAUGGACUUCUUCCUGAGAAAGAGGGUUAUUACCUUGGUUAUGAGCCCACGGAGGACCCCAGCAUGACCGCGGGUUUCGUCAGCGCCGCCUUCAGGUUCGGCCACUCGCUGCUCCCGUCGACGGUCGAGCGCUGGAGCCCCUCGCACACGAUCAUAGGAUCCACGCGAUUAAGCAAACUGAUCCGACAGCCGUGGGACCUAUACAAGCCAGGCGUUCUAGACCAGUACUAUCUCGGACUCAUGAACCAGCCAGCUCAGGCCAUGGACCCACACAUCACGCAGGAGGUCACCAACCACCUGUUCGAGGAGCCCGGCGACCACUUCGGGAUGGAUCUCGUGUCACUCAAUAUACAGCGAGGGCGGGAGUUCGGUAUUCCCGGUUACACAGCGUACAGGUAA